AUGCCUGACUAUUUAUGCAGUUGCAGAGAGGCAUUUCAAACAGAAAAGCAGCCACAAGUAAUUAUACAAGUUUUUUUCAGUGCGCUUGAAGAUACCGAUGAGCAUGCAGAGCAGUUGGAUUGCCACAGCUCCAAAAUGGGGCACAUCGGCGAGCGGUAUGUGCACCUGCUGCGAAUUUCUAGCGAAGGCGUGCCGCCUCCGCCACGCUAUGCCUCGGUGUGUACUAGUGAAAUAAAUACAGAAGACCGAAAUUUGAAAACAGGCCGAAUAUUGUGCUUAAGUGCUGUACACUCUUAUACAGCAUGGCUUAUGGAUGUAGCCUGA